AUGACAAUCAACAAUCUGAUUGACCCAAUUAUGUUAGACUUCCUAACAGAGCUUCCAAAAUGUGAACACCAUUGUCAUUUAGAAGGGACUUUAUCUCCAUCAUUACUAUUCAAACUAGCCAAAAAAAAUAGUGUGAAGUUACCAGAUGAAUUUCCUGAUACACCAGAAAAAUUACUACUGAAAUAUGACAACUUUGAAAAUUUGGAUGAUUUCUUAAAAUAUUAUUACGUUGGAAUGAACGUUUUAAUUACCGAGGAUGAUUUCUUUGAGCUAGCAUGGAACUAUCUCCUAACAGCCAAAAGCCAGGGAGUUUAUCAUCUUGAAUUAUUUUUUGAUCCUCAAGGUCAUUUGAUUAGAUCCAUCAAGAUUUCUUUUGAUACAAUUAUCAAUGGAUUGACAAGGGCCUUUUUAAAAGCAAAAAAUGAAUUGGAAAUUUCAACAAAACUAACAAUGUGCAUUUUGAGACAUCUUCCACUUGAUAGCUGUUUUGAAACAAUCAAUCUAUCCAAAAAAUAUUAUGAAAACGGUCAAAUCCAUGGUUUAGGUUUAGAUUCAUCUGAAAAACCUUUUCCUCCUACUUUAUUUAAAGAAUGUUAUAGUGAGAUUUCGAAAACCUUUCCCAAUGUUGGUCUAACUGCUCAUGCCGGUGAAGAAGGUGGUCCAGAUUUUGUUGUGGAUUCGAUAAAUGAAUUAAAAGUUACAAGAAUUGACCAUGGAGUGAAUUCAAUCAAAGAUUUAAAUUUGAUCGACUAUUUAUCAAAAAAUCAAAUAUUACUAACUGUCUGUCCAAUUUCAAAUUUGAAGUUGCAAGUAAUCAAAAAUUUAGAUCAAUUACCAUUAAAUGAAUUUUUGAAAUACAAUGUACCAUUUAGCAUCAAUUCCGAUGACCCUGCAUAUUUCAAUUCCUAUAUAUUAGAUAAUUACGCUCAAAUUCAGAAGGCUUUUAAUUGGAAUAUUGAAACUUGGUGUAAAAUAGCAAACAAUAGUAUCAAUGGUUCCUGGAUAGCUGACAAAGAAAAAGAAUUAUUAUUACUCAAAGUGGACCAAGUUUAUCAUAAAUACAAAUCUAUCAUGAGCGACCUUUAG